GUUCAUUCUUGCAUCAUCUCUAUAAGUUAGUGUAGUAUGGUAAAAUUUCAGCUAGACAACCAAAUCUCCGACCUCACAGACAAACAAAGAGUGCAAAAAAAUGUACUGGACAAAAGAACUCAGCAAUUUGAUCCUGACUGUGGACAGCAUUUCACUGCUGAUUGGCCUCCCUGCCAACCUGCUGUCUCUCUACACCUUCGUUCUGAAGCUAAAAAAAAAAGCUAUGCCUCUUGACGUAAUCCUGCUCAGCCUGACCAUCUCAAACCUUCUCACUCUCAUCUUCCUCCCGAUCCGCAUGAAAGAGGCGGCCGACAUGAAAUGGACCCUGAGCUACUUCCUGUGUCCUCUACUGGGAUACUUCCUCUACACCACCAUAUACAACAGCACCUUGCUUAUAACAGCUAUCAGUGUGGAGCGCUAUCUGGGAGUGGCCUUCCCCAUUAAAUACAAACAACAACGAAAUCCUCGCAAUGCCGUGAUCGCUGUUGUCUUAUUCUGGGUGAUUACUCUGGUUCAUUUCAGUGUCAUCUACAUUGUACAGAAUCAUGAAAAUCAUAAUAACACUGAACCGAACAGGGACUCCUGCUACACCACGUUUAACGCUAAGCAGUUGAAGAUUAUUUUGCCGUUCUGGCUAGAGUUGUUCAUCGUACUUUUCUUUAUACCUUUUAUGAUCUGCAGCUUUUGCUACAUCAAGUUUAUUCUCAUCCUCUCCCAGUUACCUAAAUUCAACCCUAAGAAGCGCUGCAGGGCCAUUGGAACUGUCAUAGUCACCUUUCUGGUCUUCAUCAUUUGCUUCAUGCCUUAUAACGUGUCCCAUGUGGUGAGUUUUUCUGGAUGGUAUGUUCCCAAUUGGAGAGUGUACACCCUGCUUCCCAGCACCUUUAAUGCCUGUUUGAAUCCCUUUAUCCUUUACUUCUCAUCCUCCUUGCUCCGAAAGACUUUUGCCCAAUUCGUAGGCAGACUCAUUAAAAAUCUUCAAGAAUUCUGCUUCUGGAGAUUGUUCAAAUACCUUAUAUUUAAGGAGAAAUUACAGAAUUCCAGUGAAAGUUCUCAAUGAAUGCCAUUUCACAUGUCUGCAGUAUUGCAGACAGAACUGAUCAUGACACAGUGACUAAUUUUAAUAGUAUGUAGUGCUAGCUCAGUGGUUAAGGUGUUGGACUACUGAUCGGUCUUGAGUUCAGUUUCCAGUACCACCAAGCUGCCACUGCUGGACUGUUGAGCAUAGUCCUUAACCCUCAACAACUCAACUGGAUAAGUGAAGUCACUCUGGAUAAGGGCUUCUACCAAAUGCCUUUUUUAAUAGCAGUAGUACAGAACUAAACUUCCAAAUUUUCCCAUAUUCAAGCAAAGUCCAGUGAUGGACAUCAAUAUGAACAUGGUGUAAUGUGAAAUAUGACAUUUGAGUGCAUUUGUGUCCAGUGUUGCUCUGUGUUUUCUUUUCAAAAAAGCUUGGAUAUCAGAGUUUAAACAUGUGAAGUGGGCUCUCGUCUUCAUCUAGAGAUGGAAACAUAAUGAAAGUAUAAAGAAUGUAAUAAAAAAACAGUGCAUGAAUUAUUUGUGAUUUUUCUGUUCAGAAUAUAAGGAUAAAAACUGUAGAAUACAUCUAAAUGAUUUUGCAGUAUUAUAAUACAUGUAAAUUUUAUGUGAUAUCACUUUAAUUUAUGGCUUGAUGUUAAAGACCCUGUCUGCUACAGCUUAUAUUAGAUUACUUAAUUUUUUUUUAUUAGAUUACUUAAACUUUCUGUACCUCGAUUUGUUACUGCAGAUGUUGUACAUGCAAAGUGAUGUGUUUGAUAGAAUAAAAAAUAAAUCAACUCUUUUAAAUCUAUUAACAAAACAACAAAAUAAACAACAAAUUAUUUAAAUUUAAAUCUACUCAUGGGAGAAAUUUUGUAUUAUUUAUUUUUCUUUUUUCUUUUAUUAUGAACUCCUCUAUUUUAUUGUCUAUGUAAUUAUAUAUCUAUAUCUAUGUAAUUAAUCAGAAUUAUUUUUUUAAAUUGUUGAACAAAUGUUACAUAAAAGGUAAUUGUUUCACAUUUUAACAUUGUUUAACAUUGUUAAAUGUUUGUUUUGGAACUUGGACAAAAAAAAAUUUCUGGCACAUAAAUCAUGUCUACAUAAUAAAAUUAAUAUCAAUACCAGGAGUGGAAAGAGAAGUGAAGCAAAUAAAUGGAAUGUUUUUUU